AUGUCCGUCUUGUGGAAGGCUAUGAACGAAGAGAUAAUUGAUUUGGUGGAGGCAUGUGACACUGCGCAGGCAAUAUGGCUGACACUUGAAGGUUUAUAUACUAAUGACUCUGAUUUCAUACAGGUUCAUGAGUUAAUGUGCACCGCUUUGGCGAUGCAACAAGAUGGGCAACCGGUGGCGCAAUAUUUCACCAAACUAAGAAAUAUUUGGGCUGAGAUUGAUGUGAAACGUCCUUGCAUGAUCAAACAUCAGGAGGAUAUUAUUUGGUACCAACGUGAGAAGGAGCUUGAGCGAGUGCACCAUUUCCUGAAAGGUCUUGAUACUAAACAUAACAAUGCGAAAGGGGAAUUGCUCCGCCAGACCGAGCCACCUAGCUUAAUUACAGCUUUCACAUAUAUCCGUAAGGAUGAAUCUCAGCAGAACAGCCUUCAUCAGACACAAGUUGAAGUUUCCAGCCUUACUAUUCGUGCUAGAUCUUCAGCACCGCCCCUUCAGCAGGCCACUUCAUCUUCACUUCAUCACCGAGGACCACCACCAGGCUUCGGGAAUCAGCCCCGCCCUCCUUGCUCUUAUUGUCAAGAUACAAACCAUGCUCGUGCAACCUGUUGGAAGUUGUAUCCACACCUUAGGCCCCAAAGGCCUAAUUAUCGUCCUAAAGCAAAAGCAGCUAUUCAACUGGUCCAGGAACCAGAUAUUUAUGGUGUGGUUGGACACGAUCAUCAUACAGCAGGAGGAGUAACACCCACAGCAUCAAUAGCUGGUCGUGGUAAGAUUGGAUCUUCUCACCGGGGAGUUAAUUGGUCGGGGGUAUCUACGGGGCAGGUUGUUUCAUCUGGAUCAGACAUAUGCGGGGGAGAAACCAGGGGCACAGUCCCGGAUCGCUUUACUCUCCACUUCUGAUAAGCUAAGUGAAGUUUGGUUAUGGCAUCGUCGCUUGGGGCAUCCUCCAUUUAGUGUUA